CGGUGCGCUGAGUCCCUCGGACACAGCGGAUCACCGAUCCAAGGAAAGAGCCGAAGAUGUCGGCUCAGUCAUGUGACCAGCUGUGUCCAAUCACAGCUGAUCACUGAUCAUCAGAGCACUGAUGAUCAGUGUGCCCUGAUGAUCUGUGUAGUCCCAGCAGUGCCACCUGUCAGUGUCCGUCAGUGCCAGCUCUCAGUGCUCAUACAUGCCACCUGCCAGUGCCCAUCAGUGCCUCAUCAGUGCCACAUUUCAGUGCCCAUCAGUGCCACAAAAAUGCCACAUAUCAGUGCCCAUCUGAGCUGCCUUUCAGUGUCACCCAUCAGUGCCAGUCAGUGCCACCUAUCAAUGCCAGUCAGUGCCGCCUAUCAGUGUGCAUCAGUGCUGCCUAUC